AUGCUCCGCAUUUUGAACCUGGGCGAGAAGGCUUGUGUUUUCCUGCAAGAGCUGGGUCAAGGCAUUCUUCGUUCCAUGAAAUCAGCAGAAGGAGUUGAGUUUCAGAGGCGCUGCGUAUCUCAGACCAUUGAAGAUGUGUAUGAAGUGGGUGGGAUUUGGCUAAGAAUCAAGUCCUUGAUGAAGUGCAUGCUUUGCAUCAUUGGUGUGGAGACAGCGGAUGAAGAGGGGGACCCAGCCUACGCCUACGUGGUUGCUCUCACAGAGACCUCUAGCAAAGGCCAUUUGCUUGAACGCACUUGGAAAUCAAUUCUGAUGAAAGAUGGCAGCUGGUGGAAAGAUCAAGUGAAUGAAGUGCUUUCAACGGCUUCACAAACUUUGAUGGCCAAGAAAGAUGUGGAGCUCAUGAAGGCUUUGUUGGAGAAGAAGCUGGAUUCGCUUGAGCUGCUGGAGGAUUCACUGAAUGCAUACAAGGCUUUGGACGGCAAGAUUCGAAAGUUUCAGCUGCAAGGCUAUGCCAAGGCCUUGUGUGACAAGUUCAUUGGAGCUGCCAGGGAGAUUGUUGAUGGCAAGUCCAGCAUUGCUCUGUCGACAAAGGUGAUUGACUUACUGACUGAUGGUCUUUCUCUCUUUCAGCAGUUCGAGGGGGCAAUGAGCACGUCAGAGACUUUGCUUACAUGGGUCAACAAGAAAGCCAAAGACAUCGUGAAAUGUGAUUUGGCCUACAUUCUGGAGCGCAUCUCUUCUGACAAGGUUCAGCCUGAUCAGAUUGACUUCAGUGACGUCAAACGGUUGUUGGACAAGGCAGCCAAGUUCCCAGCAGAGUUGGAUCCCAAAUACCAGGCCAUGUCACAGAGUGCUCUGCUGAAAAUGAUCAAGGGCAUCUCACACAAGGCUUUGUUCAACCUUGACACACAACUCCUGAAGAUGGCGAUGGGGACAACCAAAGAUCUUGCAAAGCAUCUCGGAACAUGCUUUGCCCAAAGCGAUUCAGUAUGGUCCAUGGUUGUCAAGCUUGUUGACUGUCAUUUGGCGAUCCAGUCCUACAGCGUCUUCGUGCUGUCUGGCCUGCAAAGGCUGGAGAAAAAUGAACACAAUCCUCCUCCUGGAUACAAUGCUCUCAGCGACAUGGCAACACUUCAAGCCAUUGGUGGUGGCUUGGGGCGCUUUCAGAAGGCUUGCUUGGAGCUUGACAAAGCUUUGGAGGAGUCCACCAUUAGUGCGGACGAUGAGUCUCCUCUAGGCCAGCUGGUGCAGCUGGACACUGCUGCUGCCUUCAACGAUGAGAAGCAUUUGAAACGGCCAGUGUGGGACGACUUUGUGACCAAGGCAGCCCACAAGUUGCUGGAGACGGUGCAAUUGUCGAUCUUUGCCAAGGACAACAUCUCCAUGGACUUGGGAGUGGCAAACCAGCUGCUGACAUCUGUGGGCGACCAUGUCAAUAGCGAAACAGCCACUGAGAUGGUUGAGAAAUUGCGGCAGUGCGUGGAAUCAAAGGGCUUGCAGGAUGCCAAAGAUGGCAAGGUCAUAGUGCUAGAGUGCUCUUUGCUGAAAGCACUCCAGCAGUUCAAAGAGCAAGGCCCAGCUUCGGCUUCUGCACGCAAGAAAGCAACGGAUAAGGCUGCAAAGGUCAUCAAAUCGGUCGAGGUGUUCUUGGCUUCCUCUACACCUUUGCACAUCACGCCGGAAGACGUCUUUGGUCCUCUGCUUAAGCUGGCCAAGGAGAAAUGCCCUUGA